CAUCGGAUUGCCAGACAGAGAAGAGUGAUUCAUCACUCCAGAGAACUGCAGACAGUUGGCUACUUCUGCGCACUGUGUGCUUCAGCAUGCACUUACCCCACUCUGUUAUUUUACGUGGCCUACCACUUCAUGGCUGAGUUGCUGUUGUUCCCAGUUGCUUCUACCUUUGUUAUAAUACCAGUAACAGUUGACUGUGGAAUAUUUAGUGGCAAGGAAAUUUCAUGGAUGGAGUUAUUGCACAGGUGGCAACCUAUCACGGUACCACGUUUGAAUUCACUGAGCUCUUGAGAGCGACUCAUUCUCUCUCAAAUGUUUGUAGAAGCAGUCUGCAUGCCUAGGUGUUUGAUGGGUUAUACACCUGUGGCCAUGGAGCUCAUUGGAACACCUGAAUCCAAUGAUUUGGAGGGGUGUCCCAAUACUU